GCAUCUAAACACUCCUUAAGACUAUCAUUUGAGUUGAUCUAUAACAUAACAUUUCACAAAAUCUACAUAUAAAGUAAUAGGAUAUUUUUGUCAAAUCCUAGCCUCUUAACUUAGAAAAUUACCAUGGAUAACUUUGACUCAUAAUUCUUGAGAGUUGUAUUUAUUAAUUGAUAAAAUUGAAAGAUCAUUUUGACAGUGCUCACAAUCUGAAAAACCAAUGUUGGUGUCUCCUUGUACAUUUCCAGUGUCAAAUGAUAACAGUGCAAAAAGGAAGAAAAGAUCAAUGAGAAAGAAAAAGAAGGGAGAAACAAACAAUUCAGCACAUCACAAUAACAUCAAAAUCAAAAGCAAAGAAACGAACAACAUCUGUUUCCGACAGUGAAGUCCCUCCCAUGUUGGCGUGUAGUAUGUGCGCGUGCCACAUGGCAUUCUCCGUCAAUGCCAGAAUCUCGUCAUUCCGGUUGGAAUUGCAGAGGAAGACUAAGCUUACUCCCCGAAGAACACACCUCGUCACCGCUCAACUUUCCAACUCUUUUUCCUUUAAUAAUAUCGCUUUGGAUUCUCAGAGCUUGAAGUCCAUUGAAUCCCGUGAUGCAUCACGGUUACCUUGGGUGGGUUCAGUUCCGGGUGAUAUUGCUGAAGUGGAAGCAUACUGUAGGAUUUUUAGAAACUCUGAAAGGCUUCAUUCUGCAUUAAUGGAUUCCUUGUGUAACCCUUACACUGGUGAAUGUAGUGUUUCUGAUGAUGUUCCAUUCCAUGAGAAACCUCUCCUAGAAGAUAAAAUAGUUUCUGUCCUUGGAUGUAUGGUUGCACUUGUCAAGAGUGGGAGGGAGGAUGUUCUUUCUGGAAGGUUUUCCGUUAUGCCUCCUUUUCGUGCUGCCGAGCUUAGCGCUGUGGAGGAAACUCUUCCCCCACUCGCCAUUUUCAGGAGCGAGAUGAAAAUGUGUUGUGAGAGCUUGCAUGUUGCUCUUGAGAACUAUUUAGUUCCUGGUGAUGAUCAAAGUUUGGAUGUGUGGAGGAAACUUCAGAGACUGAAGAAUGUAUGCUAUGAUUCCGGUUUUCCUCGCAGAGAGGAUUAUCCGUGUCCUGCAUUAUUUGCAAACUGGAGUCCUGUAAAUUUGUCCAGUUCUAAAGAGGACUCAGAGUCGAAAGAAUCUGAAGCUGCUUUUUGGAUAGGUGGACAGGUAACAGAAGAAGGCCUUAAGUGGCUACGGGAUAAAGGAUAUAAGACUAUUGUGGAUCUCAGAGAAGAGAGUGUAAAAGAUGAUUUCUACCAAGCUGCUGUCAAUGACGCUGUUUCAUCUGGAAGUAUUGAAUUGGUCAAAAUCCCAGUUGAAGUUGGGACUGCACCUAAAAUGGAACAAGUUGAGAGGUUUGCAUCUCUUGUUUCAGAUAACAGCAAAAGGCCAAUCUAUCUGCACAGCAAAGAAGGAGUUUGGAGAUCGUCUGCCAUGGUUUCCAGAUGGAGGGAGUACAUGGCUCACUCUGCAUCACAGGUUGUUUCUAAUCAAGCAGUUAUUUCCCAUGGCAUGUUAUCAGAUUAUACUAAUGGAUCUGGGAAACUGCAGGACUUGAUGCCUGAUGAGAGAUCCUCCCUGGAAAAAGAUACCGAGUCGUUGCAAGAGGGUUUGGGUGCAAUACACAGUUCUAUUGAUUCAUUUGACCAAAGUACCUCUCCACAUAAUAAUAAUGAAAAAACACAAAGUAAAGGGACCUUGAGUGGAAUUAUUCCUAAUGACAGGACCUCAUCACAAGCUACUGCGGCUGAUGGAGAAAGAUCUUUUCCCACUUUCUCCCGAAAAACUAACCCUUUAGAAGCUCAAGUUCCUCCUCAUGAUAUAUUUUCCAAAAAAGAGAUGUCCAGAUAUUGUGGAAGUAAGAAGAUUUCGAAACCCUCUUUUUCCAGUAAUCAGGUCAAAAGGUUGGAAUGCUUGCCUGAUUCAAGGAACAAGCAUAUUAGAAGACUGCAGGGGCAAGGGAGUAUCAACAGUGGUCAAAAUCCCGAACCAAAAAUUGUGGGUCCAGCAGAAAGUUCCAAUGGGUCAGCUUUGGAUUAUCCAUUUAGAGAGCCCCAGCUUGUGGUUGGUAACAAGUGGAAAUUAGUGAAUGCGAAUCCUUCCAGUUCUGUUAAGACAACAUUUAAUGGUUUUAGUGAAAAAGAAAUGUAUUACACGACGGAUGUGAAUGGUAUUGAUAAUGUCACAGCAAACUCUCAAAGGAUUUUAGCUGACAAGGAUAAGGCAGGGAAAGACUUGGGAUUCAUUGAAGGAGACAUGUGUGCAACUUCAACGGGAGUUGUAAGGCUGCAAUCAAGAAAAAAAGCAGAGAUGUUCCUAGUACGAACGGAUGGAUUUUCUUGUAUAAGAGAAAAGGUGACUGAAUCUUCUUUGGCCUUCACUCAUCCUAGCACUCAGCAACAAAUGCUAAUGUGGAAAUCUACCCCAAAGACUGUGUUAUUGUUGAAAAAGCCUGGGGAGCACCUCAUGGAAGAAGCUAAAGAUGUUGCUUCUUUUCUAUAUUACCAAGAGAAAAUGAACGUAUUCGUGGAACCUGAUGUGCAUGAUAUAUUUGCUAGAAUUCCUGGAUUUGGGUUCAUUCAGACCUUCUAUACUCAAGAUAUUUGCGAUCUACAUGAGAAAGUAGAUUUUGUGGCAUGUUUGGGGGGAGAUGGCGUCAUAUUGCAUGCUUCAAAUCUAUUUAGAGGCGCCGUUCCACCUGUUGUGUCAUUUAACCUUGGUUCCCUCGGUUUUCUGGCUUCUCAUAGUUUUGAAGACUACAAGCAGGACCUACGACAAGUCAUCCACGGAAAUAAUAAGCGAGAUGGUGUAUACAUCACUCUCAGAAUGCGGCUCCGGUGUGAAAUUUUUCGCAAUGGUAAAGCUAUGCCAGGGAAAGUAUUUGAUAUUCUCAAUGAAGUUGUUGUUGAUCGGGGUUCUAAUCCGUACCUUUCAAAGAUUGAAUGCUAUGAACAUGAAAGACUUAUAACAAAGGUACAAGGUGAUGGAGUGAUCAUAGCCACCCCUACUGGAAGCACUGCCUAUUCUACAGCUGCUGGAGGUUCCAUGGUCCAUCCAAAUGUUCCAUGCAUGCUGUUUACCCCAAUCUGUCCACAUUCACUCUCAUUUAGACCAGUUAUACUUCCAGAUUCUGCUCAACUGGAAUUAAAGAUUCCAGAAGAUGCAAGAAGCAAUGCCUGGGUUUCAUUUGAUGGAAAGAGAAGGCAGCAACUUUCAAGAGGAGAUUCUGUACGAAUAUCUAUGAGUCAGCAUCCGCUUCCAACCGUUAACAAGUUUGACCAAACAGGUGAUUGGUUUCAUAGCUUGAUUCGCUGCCUAAAUUGGAAUGAAAGGCUUGACCAAAAGGCCCUAUAAAGCAUGUGAAAAUGAAGAUCAGAUAUGCGUUAUUCUCUUGUAUAGACUUAAUUGUUUAGUUAUCUUAUAUAGGUCAUAGCUAUAUAUUGAGAUAGCAGAAGUUUGAUAUAGUCACUGGUUACUACCAAUUUCUUACAUUGGCAUCCAAUGAGAAUAUAGGGUUUGCUAAUGGUUUUUCCACUUUAUUGUGGGGAGAUGCUGUUGUACACUGGCAUUGAAAGCUAUAAAUUGUUAAUCUUAUAAGCAGCUCAUUUGGCUCAUCUCAAAGUUUAUCAGUCUGCCAGACUGCAGUCUCCCUAUCUCAUUAUUGGACAUUGUUGAAAUAGCAGUAGUUAUAGUUUUUGUAGUUGCUAAGAUAGUUGUACUACUAUUACUAUUUGGCCGUACUUGGCCUCAUAUUAAUUAAUAUAAAUAACACAGGCAGAUGUUAGACAGUCA